AUGAUUGCAAUAAGUGUGAUCAAUACGGAGCACGCCGAAUGGGAAGGACAAUGUCCAGUGGUGAACCGGAUCGGGACCACAUCGGUUGGUAUGGGCGGAUCAAGUUCGGUGAAAGUGAUCGGAUGUGGCUUUGAAAAGACAGCCUUUAUGCUGGAGGGUGGCAAGCCGAUUGGUGGAAAUCGGGUCUAUCUGGAACACGAAUCUCAAACGAUCGAAGCCCCUGUGAUCGAACAGAGACCAGAUUUACUGAUUUUCGAAACGCCGAGUACGUUCGAUGCGUCCACUUUGCAAAUCAGUCGUACCGAGGAUUUUUACAUGAUUCAGCGAUAUCCCGAACCGUACACACUUGCCAAAUCGCGGUUCUUGAACGCACUCACCUAUCCCGAACUUCUUCACACUCAUCACCUCUUACCUACUCCCUCUUUCUUCUUAUUCUCCAUCAAACUGGAAACCAUAUCAGUGAUUUCUGACGUAACCCAUGCUAGUUCACCGAUCGGUGGCGCAGUGAUCGAAAUUCGCGGAUCGGGUUUUACAAAAGCGGCGGAACUGGAUAUUUUUGUCGGCCCAUACAGCUGUGCCCCCAAAUUGGUUGAACGGAAUCUGAUCAAGUGCCAAAUUUCGAAGAUAGAAAUCGAAGUACAACAAGAAGAAGUUUAUGUUGGUAAUCGUGGGGUUCAUCAGUGGUACGAGACUGUCAGUGACUCGGAAUCCUCCUUAAAUUCCACAUACCCGAUUGGCAACUCGAAAGCGACCGUUCGCGAUCAACCUUUUCAUGAAGCUGUAGUUUGGCCGGCAAGUGUUCGUGUGCAUCAUCAAAUGGUUUUUAUUGCCCCGAAAGAUUCGACCUACCAGUUUGUGAUUCAGGGCGGUAGUAAUACCCUUUUGACUGGAAACUCGUUGACGAAUGCCGAGCGUGCAACACUCACAGCUGCCUCGGAGAGUAAAUGGAUCGAUCUGGAAGAGGACGAAAAAUACCGUCCGCCUUACAAGUUUAGACCUCCUAGUCAUUUCGAUAAAUCAAAAUGCCCUUGUGCUAACCCAUUCUUCCUGAUUUUGCGUUCCAUCAAUAAAGCAACUUUGGAAAUCAAAACCUUGAACAAUUCAGCAGUCAAAUUGGCCAUCGAUCAGCUGCUGUUCACCAGGGCCACGAAUACGGAAGUUGGCGAUAUGGAUGAUGAUGACACUAGACUGCAAAUUACCGUACAAUUUGAUGCUGAUUUCGGUGACGUGAGUCUUCUCGAUGUUCGAUAUAACAAGUCUACGGGUAAUGCGGUUGUGGAAGAGAUGACCACGGGAGUAACUUCAAUCGGGAGACGCUUUCGACCGUCGUAUGCUGGAAUUCCUUCUCCUCUGACCUAUGGUUUAGACUCAGGUUUGGGUGAGGAAGAUGUGGAUUUACGUCAGGAAAUUAAAGAAGCUUAUAAAGUUUUGGGCACCAGUAUCUGUCCAGAACGACUUGUGAGACCCAAUCGUGAGUAUACUCCGUUUUCGAAUGACUUUGAAGAUCCACUGACGUCAACACGGUCCAGCCGACAUGCUUUUUGUGGUUCUCACAGUCUACACAAGCCAUCGGAAGUGGAACUAAAUGAUCGACUCUCAUUGAAACAGUAUCCCUAUUUGUGUUUUGCAUACAAAGGUCAACUGUCAGGAUACGUUGAUUUGCACUACAAGAUUCAACUGUCUGACAACAGUGUGGAUUCCAAACGCCUGAGAGUUCAGGCUUUCCCACCGCCAAUGGAUGAUCGCAAGUGGUUCUAUUCCUGCCUGGACGUUUACAAUGCUGUCUCCAAGUCUUACAAUCCCAAGGUAUCCGUACUCAGUUUGUACCGGUUCAGUCUGAUCCCUGCCAAACUACUUUGGAACGAGGACGCAGAAUUUUACAUUGAUACGGUCUCUGUAUCAGCCUACCUACCGGACCCAAAUCCAGAAGCUGUUCCAAUCAAUCACGAAAGUGCGACAUUGACGGAACGAGUUCUGAAUAUGCAUCCUACUAUGGGUCCUGUGUCUGUGAGCUUUCGGAAGCAAUGUUUUCAAGUAGCCUACGAUAUUCAAUUUACGCGGCCUGGAAAACAGCCAUUGAUUGAAAUUGUGGACUACAGUGAGUUGUCGGAUCCCGAUGCCACCGUUGAAAUGGAGGUGCUUCGCGAUGGCCAUCUCUCACUCUGUCCCAUUCCCGCAGACAUGUUAUCAAUAGUGGAGCCGAAUCCGCAAGUACGAUUGUACAUGAACCGGAUCCCGUCUAAAUGUAUCGGGAAUUGUACACAUCUAUUCCAAGAAGAAUUGCAACCAGCUGUCGAAUCAUUUGACAUAAAGACUGGUGGCACGUUGCUGAAUAUCACGGGAACUCGACUUUUACCGCUAAUUGGAGUACUGAUCGGACGAAAGGAAUGUGACAUCAUAAACAAAACACCUCAGUCCAUUCAGUGUCGAACACCGCCCGGUGUAAGUUCUAUGUAUAGAUAUGAUGAUGAUGAUUAUGAUGAUGAUGAUGAUGAUGAUGAUGAUGAUGAUGACGAUGAUGAUGAUAAUGAAGAUGACGAUGAUGAUCAGGACGAGGACCGCCAUGUGGAUGUCAUCAUGCAACAAAAUGGAUUGGCCAUAAUCGCAGCCUACAGAUUUACAUACAAACGAGAUAUGGCACCGUUGCUUUAUAGUGUGACCCCAUCAGAACACAUUCCUUUGAGAGGUGACGUGGAGCUGGAAAUUUCCGGAUCCGGAUUUGGCAAGGACAUAACGGUACUUAUUGGUCAAGUGAAACCGAAGCGGGUCACCGUCGUGAAUGCGAAAACGAUCCGAGUUAUUGCACCGCAACUGACAGCUCCUGGGAUAUACUCACUGGUUGUGUUCUCGGAUGCGGCAGGUUAUGCCAAUGGGACCAUAAAGAUCUCAUACGAAUAUCACGUGACGGAACAAUCUGCUUUCGGGGGCAGUUGGCUCGGGGGACGAAACUUGAUUCUAACCGGGAACAAUUUGGAACAUACUACUCACGUCGAGUUCAGCUCUGUGCAGUCGAACGAGGUAGAAUGUGCUAAACGACUGCCAUUGAAUUGUUCCCAACUGAUGGCAAAUGAGACUCACCUCACGUGCUCCAUACCUUCGUUGAGCAAAGAACAUUUUGUGCAGAAUGUAGGCGUAAAUCUACAAAAUGGUCGUACAUACCGAUGGGAACCGAUCAUGAUAGACGCUGUUCAAGGGGAUCGUGUCACGUGGACUUGGAGCAUGCCACCUGGAGGGGAAUUUAAAUUAGGCAUUUUCAAAGUGAAGGAUAUCCUAGCACCACAAGAUAUGGAGAAAUAUGUCGAUUCUCCAUUCUCCGAGGAAGAGCUGAACGCGGUUCAAUACACAUUCCCAACUGAGCAGUCGCAUUCUUGUACGGAACAAUUAACAGUAUUCCUGGAUGAGAUCCCGUGUCCCGUUGUGCAACAGUCACCUUACCAGACGGGUAGUUUCACAUGUCAGAUAUUACGGGCUGUGUUGAAUGAUCUUCAAGCGGUCGAUCCCACUAACAUGAUUCCUCGUAUUGCGCACUCGGACAUGGGGAACGCAUUGUUUCAUGGAUGGACUAGGAUUCCGGAAACAGGACAUAUGAUGACCCCGCAUGUUGUUCCCGCUACAGACAAUCACAUAGAACAAGGCAGUUUGUAUGGUGGAGGUUUACUGCACAUCAUGGGCUUUGGGUUUGAUGCGGCUAAACCGGAAAAUCAUCGGGUUUACCUGGACAAUCAAUAUAAGUGUCGGGUUGAAGUAGUUCAUGCGACCCAACUGACAUGUCGAGUAGAACCGAUCGAAAACCGACAGAACAACUAUCUGCUCUCUGUUUCACAUAUCUAUCGAGUGGAGAUGAGGAAUCCAUGGAACAAAAGAUGGUCAUCAUUGCCCUGUUUAUCCACAAAACAUCAAUGCGUGUACGAAAUGAAGGCAACACUCACACCCUAUAUCAACACAAUUCAGCCGCAGAUUGUGACAGGUCCAGAGGUCCUUCAAUUGAGCGGUGAGAACUUACUGAUCAACGGUGAGGAUUUGCAACAAAUCGAAAUCUGGAUUGGUCCUGUCCGUUGCCCAGCAGAAGGCUAUGAUAGUGAUAAAAAGCAGCUAAAGUGCAGGUUAUCUGCACCUUUGCCGAAUGGGAAACAUUCGAUUGUGUAUUCGGUCCAUUCCAGAGGUUACGGUAAUGCGCCCUACCAGUUGCACAUUACUUCCGAACUUCAUGUGGACAGUAUCGCUCCCAACCGGAUGAGUGUUGGGACCGGUCAAGCACGCAUUCAGUUGACCGGUAAUGGUUUUGACCUCCCAGAAUUGAUUGUUUAUUUGGGACCGGUCCGGUGCAUACCGGUUACGGGUCAAUCCACCCCAGAUCCAACUGGAAUCUCAUGUGAUGUGAUUUUGGAUAGCGGUUCACCCAUGCAACCCACAGGCUUGGUCGACCUUCUUUUGUUUUCCGAUGAUCCGGAGCCUAUAUUCAUAUUGUCUGAGGCAUUCACCUUUGACCCCAUUGCAGAGACUGAAACAAUCACGACCACGACGGCGGCGAGAUCAGCGGAUUGCGAAUUGUGUCCGGAGGCAGAAAAUUUGGAACACAAUGAGACAAGAGUUCCUGAAGAGCUACCAGAAUGCACAACAGAUAGUUUGACCUCAACGACGACAACAACAACAGAAGCGACCGUGAACACAGAAACGACGGGGUGCGAUGAGUGUUCACACACAAGGAUCACGGAGCACUCUGAGACAACGGUUGAUGAGGAGCUACCGGAAUCCACGACAGAUGAUCUGACCACAUCAACAUCAGCAACAACAACAACACCAGAAACAACCAUGACAGCAACAACAACCACACCAGAAACGACCACGACAAUAGGAUCAACGAUAACGGUUGUUGAAGAGGUACCGGAAUCCGUAACAGAUGGAUUGAAUACAAUCAAAACACCAAAAAAGGCCAUCACGACAUCGGCAAGAACAGUGAAUACAGAAGCAGCAACUACUACUACCAGUAAUAUUAGUAGUACAGAAAUGGCAGCAACCACCCUUGAGAACAAUGACGCGUUCGCUGUAAACAAUAUUCAUCCUCGUUUUGGAAGCCUACAAGGCGGUCAGAUAUUUGAACUGAGCGGGAAUGGGUUUGAAGUACAUGAGACUCAGAUAUACAUUUGUGAAAGAGAAUGUCUCAAUCUGCGCGGUACAAAUCAGUUCAUGUUCUGUCUAACACCGGCACGAGAUGAACAGACUGAUGUGCACUGUGACGUCAGACUUGUUGGGAAAGAACAUCAAUUUCUCAAAAUCCGAGCCUACGGGUACAUGCUUAACAUGACGCCGGUGAUCACGGGAGUAACACCGAAAUUUGGUGGCACCGUCGGAGGUACUCAAAUCCGACUGGUCGGGGAGAGGCUGUGUUUGUCUACCUGGACUACUGGAAUGCUUCCAGUCGAAGGGGAUUUGGUGAUCAUUCGACAAUCCGACUUUGUGGUAUUGGAUAUUGAUACACCAAAUUUGUCCCUGCUAUUGAUUGAUGGAGGAACUUUGAGUUUCGAUCCUACCAAAGAUAUAACACUUCGCGCCAAAUAUAUAUUGAUCACAAACAACGGUACACUCAAAAUUGGUACAGAAGAGAAUCCGUUUCCGCGUGAGGCCAAAAUCAUUUUGUUGGGUCAUGCGCGAGACAAGGAAUUGCCACUCUACGGAUCGAAGGUGCUCGCCGUGAGGAAUGGUCGCCUGAGUAUUCACGCGCUUCACGGGAAAAAUAAGAUUGUAGAAUUGAAAACUCCUUUGGAAAAGAAGAAAGUAGUUCGAUCCUAUCAGUCCGUGGACGGGAACGAGGUGUGGGCUGGUGUAGAGGUUGGUCUAAUCUCGAGCAAUGUGCAAAUCCAGGGUGAAAUUGUGGAAUGGGAACAAGAAGAGACCCCGGUUUGUGCAACAGUGACCGAUUGGCGAAACCGUUUGUUCUCGACGUGUACAAACCAGCUGUCCGAGUUGUCCGUGAGACAGCAUUUCGGUGGGCACUUAUUCAUUGGCGGUUCGAAGACAGCCAGACCCGGACCGAUUGUGCACAUGGGUCACGUUGUUCUGACCUAUAUGGGACAAGCUGGUCGGCCCGGUCUUCAUCCGAUCUACUUCCAUGGGACUGGCGAUAUGACUGGGUGA